AAAAAAAACAUUUCUUUCUAUUUUUCUUUCAUCUGAUUGAAUCCCAAAAAAUUCUUUAAUUAUUUUUUAUUUUAAAGCUUUAAAGCUCAAUCAACUAAAUUUUAUUCUUUUAAAAUCAUGAGCGAGCUUCCCGGAUUCACUCUCCCCACUCCCACGGGCAUCUUCCGCGACAUCCCUUACAUUCCCUUCUCCAAGGGCGACAAGGUGGCGCGUGUAGCCAACUGGAUUAACCCGACUGAAGCACGCGACACUCGCGACACUCGUGGCGGCCGCCGGCAGCGUGACCAGAACCAGCAGGCGUACGGCAGCAACUCCGCCGCGGCCUUUGCGUACGCGGCGGAUGAGGACGAGGAGUCCUUCUCGCUUGUGGAUAACCGCGGAACAGCUAUGCGCAAAAUCGCUGUGCGUGCGGUUCAGGGCGGAGGCCCGCGCGGUGGUGCGCGCGGUGGAGGCGCAAUGCAGAGGCUUGGCAGGGGCGGCCGGUUUGCUGGCAGUGGCCGUGGGUUUGCCGGCGGAUUCCGGCGUAGGUUUGGGUACCGCGAUGGCGCUGCGAUGCAGAGGAGCGCGAGUGUGGCUGCUGAGGAUGAUUGGCAGGAGGUGCAGGAGAUUCAGUUUAACCGGAUGAAGGACCUGAGAUUUGAUGCUGGAGAGCCCGUGGAGGCUGGCAAGUUUGGUACCACAGGUGUGUGGGAUCCGGCGCUGGACCGCCUGAGUGUGCGCUUGGAGAAGCCCCUGACGGCGGCACCUGCGGCGCGGUUCAAUGUAUCGGCGAGCGAUGACCCUGUGUUGGCUAAGAUUGCUGAGGAGAACGAGCAGGUUAAGGUGUUGGCUACGGAUACGGUGGUUGCAGCGUUGAUGGCGGCGACGGUGGCGAACACCGCCUGGGAUGUAGUUGUCAACCGUGUUGGUGACCGUGUUUACCUGGAUAAGCGCGAUGGUGGGCCAAUGGACUUUGCCUCGGUUAAUGAGGGCGCAUCGCCUCCUCCCCCGUCGGAGCCCAAGGAUGCUGCGUCGAUCAAUGGCGCUUCUUUGUUGGCACAGGAGGCUCGGGAUGUUACGCGCAGCUUGAUUUCCCAGGUGACUGCAUCGAAGAAGGUGGAGUUCGGCGAAGCCAACCCGUUUUCUUCGGCCGAAGGCGCAGAUGCCAAUGCUUACCGUUACCGGACAUUCAACCUCGGCACUCAGGAUGCCGCGCCUUGCCUCAUGGCCGUGCGCACGGAGGUUGAUGGACUUACGGCUGGCGCCGUGCCCAAGCAGCUGUUUGUGCGCGCAUUGACCCAGCACGAUGUCUCAGCAGUCGGGGCCGGUAACGCCCUUGACUGGCGCCUGCGUCUUGAUGCUCAGCGUGGUGCCAUCAUUGCCACAGAGAUGAUGAACAACUCAUCCAAGCUCGCUCGCUGGGCGUUCCAGGCUAUGCUUGCUGGAGCUGACCAAAUGAAGAUUGGUUUUGUCGCUCGUGUCUCCCCUAGGGACCGCACCAAGCAUGGUGUUCUUGGUGUGCAGACUUAUCGCCCGGAGGAUUUCUUGGGUCAGCUUGGGUUGAACGAGUAUAAUGCUUGGGGUAUCGUUAAGGCAUUGGUGGAUUUGUGCUUGCAGUUGGAGGAGGGCAAGUAUGUUAUUAUGCGUGACCCGAAUAACCCCCUUAUCCGUAUCUAUGCUGUACCCGAGGGUACCUUUGAGGAGGGUAUUGAGGAGGCUAAGGACGAGGACGAGAACGAGUAAACAAAAAAACAAUAAUAAUUAUAUGGAUUCAGUGAGGGAUUUUUUAUUUUUAGUGUUGUUGAAUAUUCAUAUUACUUUAAUAUUUGAAAGUAGUGGUUUUUUUUUAAUAUUGUGUAACUUUUUUUAUUUAAAAAUAAAAAA